AUGGCCUCCUCAAGCACGCAAAAUACAAUGCAACUCGCCGAGAUCCUCUCCGACCUAACCUCCCUCCGUGUCUGCGAUCCCACCGCAGCCCUUGCACUCGUUUCUGAGCGCCCGUCCAAGUCCCCAAACACCAAGGCAAAUCAAAAGCUGGUAGAAGAAGACGAUCCAGACUUGAAGCGUGCAAAGGAUUUGGUCGAGCUGCAUUAUUCGGUGCGGGAGGCAUAUGAGCUGUUGGGAAAGGACUUGCGCGAGGCGAGGGAGGCUGUGGAGAGGGCUGUUAGAGGAGAGACGUGA